GUCUGGGCACUUGUCAUCCGCCAAUUGUUCAGGAGUAGAUGUCAAAUUUGAGGAGGAGUUGUCAUCCAUCACCAAGGCAGAAGAUGCAAGUGGGGACGUAAAAAUGGUGUCAUCUGAAGCUAGUUUGCGCAUUAUCAAUGUUGGGUCUCAUGACAAUGGGAGCUUGUCAAUUUCACCAAAAGAAGUUGCUUCUCCUGUCAAACGUACUAAUCAGCCUGCCCCUGCCAGCACAUCCUUGAUUGAUAAUGGCCACAUGCAACCAGAUGUCCACAGUUUCAAACCCUCGUCCUCCAUGUUUGAUGUUGAGAAUGCAAGUCAGGGCAACAAACGAAAUGCCAACGAAGGUGUGCUGAGAAUAUCGACUGAAACAGCCACUGCUGCUGAGAACUGUACAUUUGAGAUAGGCAACACACUCGAUGUUAUCCCCAUUACCACUCAUGAGGUUCAAGAAGCGAAUGCUGCUAAUGCCAUAUCUAUGUCUGAAAAUGUCAAGUGUGGGAGUGGAUCCCUGUUGCCCGACAAUGAUUCUAAUGAUGCAGCUAGGAAAUCAAAUGGAGAAAGUUCCAGAACAAAGUUGAAGCCAGUCUUUGUUCCUGGGUUUCUUGGCAAGCACCCACGAAAGAAAUCUAUUAAGCAAGAAAAGAAAGCAUCAGUGGAGCUUAGUGGGACAACGCGUGAAGUCCACCUGAAUAACCAAACACAUGAGGUUCUAAAAUCUUAUUUAUCGUCUGAAAAUGGCAGCCUCUUCAAAGAUGGAGAAAAACCUUGCUUUGUACAUGAGAAUGGAAAGGUCUCUACCGAGUCUGUAGCGCUUAAAAGCCCCGAAAAUGGAGAUUGCCGUCAUCAAAUCGCAUCUGAUGAAGGAAGAAAAACUAACAAAACCAAGAAAAGGCUACCGGUGGUAGGGCAGGAAAACCACGUCAUUGAUAACAAAUAUCAUGGAUGACUUCAAAGUUUAGGAGGGUAAAUGAUCUCAAUGGGGGCAAUUCUCCCUUGUAAUUGAAGCUCUUAACUUACUAAAAGUUGAAUUAGAAACUUCAGUGGAAAUUUGAACCUUCCAACAGGGGCUGGCAGCUGCAGAUAUUCUAUAGGUAGUUUCUGAGAAUAGUUGGAGGUUUUUUGUUAAUCAGUUAGUUGCUGGCUCAGGUAGAGAGAUUGACCAUUUAUCAACAAUUCUGAGCGUUUCUUUCUCCUCCUGUUUAUAUCAUUCAGUGGUCUUUUUGAUACCCCAUCACCACAACUGGAUGCUCUGGGAAUUUUUGUCCAUGGUUUCAUUAUUUACAGAAAUCUUGGAUGCUUCUGUAGCUCUCUAUAACCCUAUUCCUUUCGGACUCAGUUGAGUUGAAUCUAACGUUUAAGCUUUAUAUCUGCA